AUGUUGAUGCGAAAAAAAGAAAAGGAUGAGCAACCGUCACCUUCUGGUUUGGUUGAAGCGGUAUCUUCGAGGUCUAAAACUACAAAAACCAAUUCUGUGGAGGAAUUUACAACGCCACCUGCACUUGACCUGAGUACAGAAGAAAGACUUCAUCCUUCCACUAAGAUUAAGCUGCAGCUCUUUCCAAUAGAUGAAAACACUCGUCUAGGAUUAGAAAAGGAUGGGUUUCAUCCAUACUUGGAAUUGACUUUAAGUGCUAGAAAGAAGAUAUCCUCUGUGCUUAAGCACACUGAUAGCAAAUGGGGCAGUUCAAACAUUGCUGUUGGGGAGCCCAUGCUUUUCCCAUAUGUAGCAGAAAAUCCAACCAGUUACCGAUGGACAAGAAAUGACAUUUUUAUCAGUGCAAGGGAUGUCUAUGCAACAAUUGGAAGCCCAUCUGUGUUUCGUUUAAGGUAUGGGUGGGUGUCUGAUUUUCAAACAAAAACCUUGGGACAACCUUCUAUAUCAACUCCCUUCAAAGCCUCUUCAAAACUUGAAGGUGCACAGAAAAGUUGCAACACUUACAUGGAGAAUAUAUAUGGAAAUGAUGAAAAAGCUAAAGUAUCCAGUGAAGAAUCUGGAAAACCAAUCUUUAUGAGUGGAGAAACAAAUGUAGCUGUUGCUGAAAAGAUGUCUAACGGAGGAGUUUGUUCUACGGAAAAUGAAGUGACAAUGGAUAGCAGCAUUGGGCAAUCAUUGGCUAUGUGGGAAGACAGUCUAAAUAACAUUAGCAUAGGAGGCCUGCUGUCAGAAGCAUCAUUGCAGGGGAGGUUGGGUAGUUGUGAUCCAAAAUCCAAUGGGAUCACUUCAGGGUCAUCUCAAUUAAUCUCUGAUUCCUUUGAUGCUUUCCUUGGUGGUCAAAUGAACCCCUGUAAAAAUCCAAGACUUCCAGUUCAGGACUCACAUUCCUCAAUUUUAGAUGCUGAUGAUACGUGCCAUGCAUUUCCGUUUCAAAAAUUUUCUUCAAUGGGUGAAAAUGCUAUAGCUUCUGGUGGAAGUGCUUAUUCUCAUGCCUGCAGUCAGGACACCAGUUCUAAGUCAUUCAAAAAAAACCAUCCAACAGAGGCCAAUAUUCAAUUACAAGUCCAGGCUUGUCAACAAUCAGACAGAGAUUCGCGAGUAUACAACGGUGAAAGCAGUCUGGGGCUCUCAGAUAUUAAAUGGACGGAGUCUUUGGGACCAUUUGAUCUGGGCUUGUCUUCUUCCCGUAAAGUUAUAAGUGCAAACGAUAUUAGCAUUGACGGCAUUGUGAAGUAGUAGGUUCCUGUGGAUAGAGUCUAUAUGAAGUGAUAAAGAGCAAAGAUAAAGCCUUUAUUCUACUGCAUAAACAUUCUCAACCUGUCUGCUUUAUAAAUUUUUAUCCUGUAAAUCUGCUUUUGGUUGUGUAUAUGAAAUUCAGAAACACUAUGGAAAUGAAAUGGGAAGCAAACAAUA